UUAGGCCCGAGCAGUGAGUUACCAUGAAAAAAGCGCUGAAAUGGCGAUGGUCGUUGACGAACUGCCGCCCAACUCCCGCCAAAAGUUGCGACUCGCUCUCCCAAAGCUUCCACUCCACUCUUCUUGCUUUUGAUCUUCGUCGCCUCGGGAUAAAUCCGGCGACCGGCAGCCAUUGAAUUCUUUUAACCCAGUGAAUGCUAACUCUCCGUCCAUGCUUCGUUUCAUUUCUCUCAGUACCCGUUUCCCACUCCUGCCGCCGACCAGCCUCCCUUCUUCGCUCCUUCCAUUUCUUCUCUAAACCUCACUCCCUCCUCCCAAAACCCUCUUCCCCUCACUUCCUCAAUCCUACUUCCCAGAUGUCGAAUCGCCCAAACGCAUUCGACAUUCUCAAGUCCAACGCCAAAUCCGUCUACAAGAACAAGCCCCAAGCCGAUUCACCCAAGAAGCGGAAAACCCCCGAAUCCGAAAACCCUAAACCUGCCGCCGCUUCUCCCGAUUCAGCGCCCGACGGGAAGGUUCCCGACCCUGAACCACCAAUUCAUGGCGGCGGAGAUUCUUCGACUGACCAGAAAUUGGAGCUGCCCAAGACGGACGGUGCCCAGAAGUCGUUUUUCAUGCCUUGUAGUAAUUCGAAGAAAGCCCGCGCCGACGAUAGGGUCGAGGAAUUGAAGAGCAAGGUUGGGGAUUUGAAGAAGAAAGCCAAGGAGUUUAAGCCGGAGAAAGUGGCGUGUUGGGAGAAGGGAGAGAGAAUUCCGUUCAUCUUCGUUUCGUUAGCGUUUGAUAUGAUUGCUAACGAGAGUGGGAGGAUUGUGAUUACGGAUAUCGUGUGCAAUAUGCUGCGGACAGUUAUGGAUACUACUCCCGAAGAUCUGCUGCCGGUGGUAUACCUCUUGGCGAACAAGAUUGCGCCUGCUCAUGAGGGGAUUGAGCUUGGGAUUGGGGAAGCAAUCUUGAUCAGAGCACUGGCGGAGGCUUACUCGAAGAUGGAGAGGGAUGUUAAGAAGAUGUACCAGGAGAUGGGAGAUUUGGGGCUUGUUGCUAAAGCUAGCCGCAGGACUCAACGGACGAUGUCCAAGCCUGAAUCUUUAACAGUCGCCAAAGUGUUUGACACGUUUCGAUUGAUUGCUAAGCAAUCUGGUAAGGAUAGUCAAGACAGCAAGAGGAAACAUAUCAAAGGACUUCUUGUGGCUGCCAUUGACUGCGAGCCUCAGUAUAUUAUGCGUUUGCUUCAGUCGAAGCUGCGAAUUGGUUUUUCAGAGCAGACUCUUUUGGCUGCUUUAGGCCAGGCUGCUGUGUACAUUGAGAAGCAUUCUAAACCACCUUCAAAUGUUCAGUCACCUUUGGAAGAGGCUGUGCGCAUUGUUAAGGGAGUCUACUCAGUCCUUCCUGUAUAUGAUAUAAUUGUCCCUGCUCUUCUCAGUAAUGGUGUAUGGAAUCUUUCCAAGACUUGUAACCUUGUGCCUGGUGUUCCUGUUGCACCGAUGCUUGCUAAAUCAACCAAGGCUGUUUCUGAGAUAUUAAAUAAAUUCCAGGAUAUAGAAUUCACGUGUGAAUACAAGUAUGAUGGAGAGCGUGCUCAGAUUCACUAUAUGGAGGAUGGUACAGUUGAGAUAUAUAGCCGGAAUGCUGAGCGAAACACUGGAAAAUUUCCUGAUGUUGUGGCUACAAUUUCAAGGUUGAAGAAGUCUUCUGUGAAAUCAUUCAUUCUGGAUGGUGAACUGGUUGCCUAUGACCGAGAAAAAAAUAAAAUCCUUCCCUUUCAGAUACUUAGUACACGAGCCCGCAAAAAUGUGGUCAUGAGUGAGAUAAAGGUUGAUGUGUGCAUAUUUGCUUUUGACAUGCUGUUUCUUAAUGGCGAACCACUUAUUCAAGAACAGUUGGAAGUUCGUCGAAAGCGGCUGUAUGAUUCAUUUGAGGUUGAGCCUGGAUUCUUUCAGUAUGCAACAGCAAUAACUUCUAACGACCUCGAGGAAAUACAGAAGUUUCUGAAUGCAGCUGUUGGCUCUAGUUCUGAGGGUUUGAUCAUCAAAACGCUGAAUAAAGAUGCUACAUAUGAACCUUCAAAACGAUCACGCAAUUGGCUAAAAUUAAAGAAAGAUUACAUGGAAAGGUAUGAUUACACCCCUCAAAUGGAGAUUGUCUUGGAUUUGUAUUCAUUGACUCUGACUGAGAUUAGCUAUACAGCCUUGGGGACUCAUUUGAUCUGGUUCCUAUUGGUGCUUUCCAUGGUACCGGGAAGCGUACAGGCUUCUAUGGUGCAUUUCUUCUUGCUUGUUAUGACACUGACAGAGAGGAAUAUCAAAGUAUUUGUAAAUUGGGUGAGACAACACUUUCUUGUCACUCUGCUUAAUUGCUGUACGGGAUUCAGUGAAGCACUGCUUGAAGAACAUUCUACUAGACUACGCACGAAAGUGAUUUCCGAACCAAAGACAUACUACAGGUUUGGAGAGAAGCUGAAUCCAGAUGUGUGGUUUGAGCCAUCUGAGGUAUGGGAGGUGAAAGCUGCAGACUUGACAAUCAGCCCUGUCCAUUGUGCAGCAAUUGGUGCAGUGGAUCCUAACAAGGGUAUUUCUCUGCGGUUCCCUCGUAUGUUACGUGUCAGAACAGACAAGCUUCCAGAGGAAGCUUCAUCAGCCGAGCAGGUGGCGGAGAUGUAUAAUGCUCAGAAGCACAAUCAGCCGAACCCUGAGGCAGAUGAUGAAGAUGAUUAAGCAUCAGAUCUUUCAUCUUUGCAUUUAUAUCACCUUCAGCAAAGAUCCUACAGUGCAUUUGACCCUCUUCCAAGAAACCAGAUGGCAAAGUCAUGUUUGCUGCGCUGUAAAGAUUGUGGUUGCAGUAAAUUGAAACUGAGCACCAUGACAGCUUAAACCCCUAGAAAAUUUGUUGUAGGCAAAGAAAAUUUUGGUGUUUGAAACUCAGAGUUGCAUACUUGUAAUGCUAGUGAACUGGGUCUGCUACAGCUCUAAGGUUAGGACAAAGAAGCACUGUCUGAAUCUGCCAUAGAAUUAACUUGAUUUUGGAGAAUGAAUCUCAUCAAACGAAGGGUGCAGAUUAUAUUUGGUGUACAGUUCUAUC